CAUAGAGGGAGGAGGAGAGAGAGGGGAGGAGGAAGCGGAAGCGGAUCCGGUUUGGUUGCCUUCUGGCCGGGGGAGUGGAGGGAGGAUCGCUGGCUUCGCCUCGGAGUGGCUCCCGCUGCAGCCCCACGUCCCGGGACCAUGAUUUCUGAAAGCGGCUCGUUUGUGAAGGGCAUGAUGCUUGGGGGGGUCUUCUGUGCGCUGGUUACUCUUCUAGGACAUAUUAAGAUGGGCCAUAGCACAACAUCUCAUGAGCACCGUCACCUUCAGGCUCCCAAAAAGGAGGACAUCCUAAAUCUCUCUGAAGACGAGCGGCUGGAACUGAGCCAAAGCAUACGUGUCUACUGCAUCAUCCUCGUCAAACCAAAGGAUCUUGGGUAUUGGGCAGCCGUGAAAGAUACGUGGAGCAAGCACUGUGACAAAGCCGAAUUCUACAGUUCUGAGAAUGUCAAAGUCUUUGACUCCAUUGUGCUGGACACCGAUGACAUGUGGACAAUGAUGAGGAAAGCAUACAAGUUUGCCUAUGAAAACUACAAAGACGACUACAACUGGUUCUUCCUGGCCCAUCCCACGACGUUCGCCAUCAUUGAAAACCUCAAGUACUUCUUGCUGAAACAAGACUCUUCGGAGCCCUUCUACACAGGACGCACGGAGACCUCCGGGGACCUGCAGUACGUGAACGGGGACGGGGGGAUUGUCUUAAGUAUCGAAUCACUAACCCGGCUUUACAAAGUCUUUAACGACCCCGAUCAGUGCCCCGAACAGGCAGGCAUGAUUUGGAAACUCUCGGAGGAUAAGCAGCUAGCCGUCUGCUUGAAGUACACAGGGGUCCAUGCGGAGAAUGCCGAAGACUCUGAAAAGAAGGACAUCUUCAAUACCAAGCCGGUUGGCUCUCUUAUUAAAGAGGCCAUGUCCAGUCACCCCCAAGAGGUGGUGGAAGGCUGCUGUUCAGAUAUGGCCAUCACCUUCAGUGGGCUGGCCCCUAAUCACAUGCAUGUGAUGAUGUAUGGCGUGUACCGGCUCAGAGCGUAUGGACACAGUUUCAACGAUGCGUUGGUUUUCCUACCUCCCCCAGGCUCAGAUAACGAUUGAAGAUUGUUUCACAGGAAAUGUAUGUAAUGCAUAUACAACGUGUAGUCUUAAUGCAGGGGUUCUCCAAGUUGGGUCCUCAGAUGUUGUUGGACUUCCAACUCAUAAUCUCCAGCCACAUGAUUGGGGAUUAUAGGAAUUGAAGUCCAACAUCUGGCAAGCCAAGCUAGAGAACCGUGGUCUUAAUGCAUUGUGUCCUUCAGCAAACCAUGUGUACACAAAGGUGGUACAAAUUUUGUAUUCGGUGGUUUUGGUGUGAUUACCUUUUUGCACAACUUGCUUUUGUAAUCUUUACAAAUGGGGAAAGGGGGUUCAUUUUAAACAAAAAAAAAACAUUUUAUACAACUUUAACUCAAGUGUCACAAAUUGUUCAAGAACCAGAUCCCCCAUUGUCAACAACUGUAUAGUGGGUAUGUAUAUUUAAAAUGAGAAAUUAUCCUUGCUCUACAGUAAAUUAAAUCUAUUUUUUCAGAGUU